GCAACAACAUCCCGUUCAUGCUGCACUGAGGAGAAUGAAGGGAACCCGAACAGCUCUGUGUGUUGUUGCUGGUUAGUUGUCAAAAGGAUAACAGGAGCAAUGGCGGUCACAGCUGUUUGUGUAUAGAAAGGAAUUGGCGUUUAAACUAUCGAACUGCGGACUGAGAUAAGGAACCACCGGAUGAAGAAGGAGAGUUCUCAGGAUGGCAGGAAUGUUCGACAUAGACUUGGAGACUGAGGACAUCAGUGACACAGAGGAUGAUGUCUGUGACUUCACUGUGAUAGAACCAGAGAAUGUGCAGACAGAGGAGGUGGAGUUGACCAGUGAAAGUGUCAACAGAGACAGUGAGAGGGUGGGACCGGACUGCUUUGAGCUUCUUACUGUGCUGGGAAAAGGAGCUUAUGGCAAGGUUUUCCAGGUGAGGAAGGUUCAAGGUGCUCAGAUGGGAAACAUAUUUGCCAUGAAAGUUCUGAAAAAGGCGAAGAUAGUAUGUAAUGCUAAAGACACGGCCCAUACACGAGCAGAGCGGGAGAUCCUGGAGACGGUGAGACACCCAUUCAUCGUGGAUCUGCUCUACGCCUUCCAGACUGGGGGAAAACUCUACCUCAUACUGGAGUGUCUGAGUGGAGGGGAGCUGUUCAUGCAGCUAGAGAAGGAAGGCAUCUUCAUGGAGGACACUGCUUGUUUCUAUCUAGGAGAGAUCACAUUGGCCCUCGGUCACCUCCACUCUAACGGGAUUAUUUACCGAGACCUCAAACCUGAAAACAUCAUGCUUAAUCACCAAGGACACAUCAAGCUAACUGACUUUGGCCUCUGUAAGGAAUCCAUUCAUGAUGGAAGUGUCACACAUACCUUCUGUGGCACCAUAGAGUACAUGGCUCCAGAGAUCCUGACCAGGUCAGGUCACAACAGAGCAGUAGACUGGUGGAGCCUCGGGGCCCUGAUGUACGACAUGAUGACCGGAUCACCUCCAUUCACAGCUGAAAACAGGAAGAAGACCAUUGAUAAGAUCUUGAAGUGUAAAAUCAAUCUGCCACCAUACCUGACCAUCGAUGCCAGGGACCUCAUCAAGAAGCUGUUAAAGAAGAAUCCAGCCCAAAGACUUGGCUCCAGUAAAGCAGACUGUGCUGAUAUCCAGAAACACCCGUUCUUCAGGCACAUCGACUGGGAUGAGCUUCUGGACAAGACAGUGGAGCCGCCAUACAAGCCACAACUGCAGUCGGACGAGGAUGUAAGCCAGUUUGACACCCGGUUCACCAGACAGACACCAGUGGACAGUCCAGACGAUAGCACACUGAGCCACAGUGCAGAGCUCGCCUUUGCUGGUUUCACCUACGUGGCUCCAUCGGUCCUAGAGAGUCUAAAAGAAGGCUUCUCAUUCGAGCCCCGCACGCGAGCUGUACGCCGACACAACAGCAGCCCCCGCACACCCAUCAGUCCUCUGAGCUUUUCCUCAGCGGGACCUUUCAAGUCCAGCAUCGAUGGAGAGCCAUACAUUUUCUGUCCCACCUCUCCACCGGCGGCUCCGGUUUCUGCGUCCCUGGAAAAUGGAGGUGCCAGUCAGCCGAUCAGGACGCCUGCAAGAAACAAGAAGCAGAAGGGACAUCGGAGAUGAGGACAUCUUCAAAGAGCCAGCCUGCGCUGCAAGACCUCAGCCAGAUUGACGUUUUUCAUAGUAUAUAAUAAGUGUUGAGGGGCCGAGCUCAAGUGUUUUUGCUGGUGUCAUGCUUUUGUUGAGGCGGUUUAACUUGGAGGUCGCUGAAAAGCCUAAAAGAAGAGUGGAGAGCUCUCUAUUUUCUUUUCUCUCACAUUCAGCAUGGAAAAGGAAUCCAGUGGUAUUGUGGCUGUUUGCCAUAUACCUACCUACAGGUAGAUCCCUCUACACACAUCCACUGGAUCAAUAUGGAAUUCUCAUGCUUUUCUUUCAUGGGUCUCAGAUGGUAACUUUAUUGCCUGGAGCUUAAAUUUACAGCUUCCAUAUGUCUGCACUUAAAGAGUUACACUGUGGCACUGAUGUAUGGGAAACAAUGACUUAAUAUCAAUAUCAACCUUUUAUACAAGAAGCACUGGAAAGAGGGAAACUACCGAUGAUUCUUCUUCUCCACUCAAUCUACCGUGAGGAGUCUAAAUCCGGUAAAUGAUGGGUCGAUUGUAACAGUGUUUCAUUUUGUAUGUACAUGCUAGCUCGAUAAACUGAUUUAAAGCUUUUUGCUUUUAAUGAGUUCAUCAGCUUUUAAUAAGCUCACCAAAGUCUGUGCAAAGAGGUUAGCUAUCAAUUAGAGAACUGAUAAAGGAUCACUUGAGGUUAUCAAGUAAAGCCUGACCGCACAAGCUUAAAGUCGUACGACUUGUUCACGGGUAGUAGUGGGACUAUAUCAUAACGAAAUCUACUGAAUGAAAUG